UAAUUAUGACGAACAACAGAUCAUCUGUUCAGCAAUUAGUUGUAUUUGGAACUAUUUGCUUUGGAAAGCUAAUGAAUUGCUUAUUUCCAAAAAUCAACCAUCUUCAGAGAUACCGCUUGAUAAAAUGAAUGACUUGAUUGUUAGAAGAGAUCAGGUAGUUCAAACUUUAUUUGAAGUUGGCUUAUCAAUUUCUUCAGAAGCACUCUUAAAAGUCAAAACAACGGCAUUUUCGACCCUUGGUAACAUAUAUUGGUUAUUUUCGAGUGAUAUAUUUAAUCCCGAAAUUCCUCAGCCUAGUGGUUCCCAAUUGAAUCUUUCCUGCCAUCCAGAUUAUCAAGAAAGAAUUGAACAAUUUAUAACUGAGGAAAUUCAAAAUUUUAGAAAUACAAUAUUAUCAGUAAAAUUAAAGCUCGAAGAAGAAACAAGAUCAAGAUUAGAGGAAACAGCAUUAAAAAUAUUAGAAGAUGCGUUAAAUAAAAAAUUAGAAGUGGCACAAAACAAAGAUCAAAUUGAAAACGAAAUUGAAACAAUUAGAGAAAGAAUAGAUUACAUCCAGAACGAGGAUGAUGAAACCGAAAAACUUUUAGA